UGUUCUGCUGGGUUCUGUUCUGUUCUAUUGGGUUCUGCUGUAUUCUUUUGUGUUCUGUUCUAUUCAUUUCUAAUAUAUUCUAUUAUAUACUCCUGUUCUAUUCUGUCGUGUUCUACUGGGUUCUGUUAGGUUCUAAUAUAUUCUAUUAUAUACUCCUCUGUUCUAUUCUAUUGAGUUCUAUUGUGUUCUGUUAGGUUCUAUUAUAUUCUGUUCUGUUCAGUUCUGUUCUUCUAAAUGACUUCAUUCUUUUUUAUCCUCAGACUUUGUAAUUUAGUUGAGGGAAAUGUUUACAUCUUUGAACCGCUGAUUCUUUUAUUUUGCUCCGACACCACGGGGACAAUAUGUGGUUUUGUUUAUUUACAAACUAAUUUUAGUGUUUGUUCAGAUACAGGUGUACAAAAAAGGUUAGUGUCAUGUGACACACCUGAAGGAAUGCUGAGCUGGAUUUUUAUAGGAAGUAAAUUCUCUUCUUUUCUUCCACCUCUCUUCAUAAGCAGCUGUCCAUCCACGUGCCUGAUAGAAAUGCUGACUCAUGCUUGGUUCUGAGGACUACUCGGCAAAGACACCAAACCGCUCCCACAAGGCGGGUCCAUGGAUCACGAUCAGAGAUCUGAGUCAUGGCGGCGCUGUUGUUCCUACCGGACCCUGAAGUCCUGGCUGCCCGUCUUUUGCUGGUUACCUAAAUACAACCUGACCCACCUGAAAAUGGACCUGCUGGCAGGUCUCACCGUGGGGUUGACAACUGUCCCACAGGCACUGGCUUAUGCUGAGGUAGCUGGUCUACCUGUGCAGUAUGGUCUCUACUCUGCCUUCAUGGGGGGGUUCAUCUACGCUCUGCUGGGGACAUCCAAGGAUGUGACACUGGGUCCGACAGCCAUCAUGUCCUUCCUGUGUUCCUCUGUGGUGGGGGGGCAGCCUCACCGAGCUGUCCUGCUCAGCCUCCUUUGUGGGAUCAUCCAGGCUCUGAUGGCGUUGCUCAGAUUAGGAUUCCUGCUGGACUUCAUAUCCUAUCCUGUAAUAAAAGGUUUCACGUGUGCUGCUGCAGUGACUAUCGGCUUCAGCCAGGUCAAAAACAUCCUGGGAAUCCAUGGCGUUCCCCAGCAGUUCUUCCUGGAGAUUUAUUACACCUUCUACAGGAUUCCAGAGGCCCGCGUGGGCGACGUGGUGCUGGGUCUGGUGUGUCUUGCUGUCUUGGUUGUGCUUAUGCUUAUGAAGUCACAUCCCACCCAUAAUGAUGGCUCCACCUACUCAAGCGUUGCCAGGAAACUGGUGUGGACUGUCGCGACCAUGCGAAAUGCCCUGGUGGUUGUGGCUGCGUCACUUGCUGCAUUUUCCUGGGAAGCUUAUGGUCAUCAUGUGUUCACAAUCACUGGGCACACUUCCCAGGGUCUGCCACCGUUCAGUCCCCCGCCCACCUCAGACACCACUCCCAAUGGAACCGCCGUCCCUUUUGGAAAGAUUGUCGAGGGUUUUGGCGGAGGGCUGGCUGUGAUUCCUCUCAUGGGUCUGUUGGAGAGCAUCACCAUCGCAAAAGCUUUUGCCAGUCAGAACCACUACAGAAUCGAUACAAACCAGGAGCUGCUGGCCAUCGGUGUGACCAACGUCAUGGGCUCAUUUGUGUCAGCGUACCCCGUCACCGGCAGCUUUGGAAGGACAGCAGUGAACUCUCAGACGGGGGUCUGCACUCCAGCCGGUGGAAUCGUCACCAGUGUGAUCGUGUUGCUGUCCUUGGCGUUUCUCAUGCCAGCGUUCUACUACAUCCCCAAAGCUUCUCUUGCUGCUGUUAUCAUCUGUGCCGUAGCUCCCAUGGUGGACCACCGUGUUGUAGCAAAGAUGUGGAGGACACACAAGCUGGAUCUGCUGCCGUUUGGCGUGACGUUCCUGUUGUGUUUCUGGGAGAUGCAGUACGGCAUCAUGGGAGGUGUAACUGUUUCUGGAGCCCUGCUUCUGUACGGCAUGGCCCGACCCAAAGUGAAGGUGUCGGAUGACGGCGUGUUGGUGAUGGAGUUGAGCAGUGGCCUCAGUUUUCCUGCUGCAGAGUAUCUGAGUCACAUCAUACACACUCAAGCCCUGCAGGAGUUUCCUCCACGCUCUGUGGUCCUGGACUGCCAUCAUGUGAGCAUCAUAGAUUACACCGUGAUCAAUGAGCUGAGGGACCUGCAGAGCCAGUUCAGACUGCAAAAAGUCCAGCUGACUUUUUCAGGAUUGCAACCCUCCAUACUGAAGGCUCUCCUUGCCGCUGAUCUAAACGGCUUCAGGUUCACAGACUCUGUGGAGGAGGCGCUGCAGACAGAGUCUGUAAACCUUCUGAGUGAUUAAAAUCCAGAAUCUCCACCUGAGAACAUCACAUCACAACAAUAAGUAACGUCCUAACUGGGAUUUUAGGACUUAAACUGUUAUAAAGUAUCAAAGUAAACCGCAUACGGGUAGUAAUAAAACCAUUUAUCUGUUUCUGAAGCAACGGGCUGCUCUCAGAGAUUUACACUACGUUACUGUACAACAACAUGAACUGUUUAAUAUUUGGAAUAUUAGUUUUCACUUGUUUAAAGCAGUGAAAAAACAUUAUUUGUUGUCAAAGAAAUCACGUCCAUAAAUACUCCCUCAUAUAGUCACUUAUUUUUGUAAAAUAAAGGUGUUGUUCAUGGUAGAAAUGUUGGUAUUUGAUUGAAGGCCUUUGCCACAUGAACCAACUGGGAUUUCUGCUGAAUAAAAACAUGUUUGCACAUGA